AUGUACUGGUUCCGCUCGAAGAAGCUCAAGGAGCGGUUGGCGCUCGGGUUCGGCGCUUCGCUCGUGCUCUUCACGCUGCUCCUCGUGAUCGAUCUGCAGAUGGAUUUGGGUGUAUCGCGCGGCGAAUUUAUCCCGUCACACGCCCGGGUGCGGUACGCGAACCAGGAGGACCGGAGCGGGAUCUACAACGAGUUCCACCGGAAGUAUCUGGCCAAGAGCAAUGCAUCCGGCUCGAAGGAGUAUCUUACGACGAACGCCCACAACACCGCACACCGGGGCCACACGGACACGUCGGGUCCGGGGUUUCCGGCCAAGGCGGCCACAACGGCGCCACCACCACACGAUCGGUUUAAGGAUCUAACGGCCCUGGUGGUGGCCCCCCGAAACCGGCGGCGCCCGGAGGCGUACGAAAAGAUCAUCGUGAAGGAGGAUCUGUAUGCGGCCACGGAGCCGGACGGCGGAGAGUCGAACCCGACGCUCGGCGAUGUGCUUGACCUGAAGCCCGGCCCGAACGCGUCCAACCUGGAGCGCUUCCAGUUGCGCAUUUCGAAGCGCGAACUGUACCGGAAGGGUGACCAGCUGGUGAACGCCGUCGUGGACGAUAUGGUGCGGCUCCCGAUCCUGCACGUGGUGCAGAAGGAGGGUGGCACGCAGCUGAAACUGAUCAUCGACUACCCGAACGAAAUCCACGCGCUCUUCAAACCGAUGCGGUUCCCGCGGGAACAGCAAACGCUGCCGAAUCACUUCUACUUCACCGACUACGAGCGGCACACGGCCGAAAUCGCGGCAUUCCACCUUGACCGGUUGAUGGACUUUCGGCGCGCCAUGCCCGUGACCGGGCGCAUCCUGAACAUCACGACCGAGAUCUACCAGGUGGGCGAUGAGGUGCUGCUGAAGACGUUCUUCGUGUCACCGUCGAACAAUCUGUGUUUCCACGGGAAGUGCUCGUACUACUGCGACACGUCGCACGCGAUCUGCGGCAGCCCGGACACGCUCGAGGGUUCGUUCGCCGCGUUCCUGCCGACGCAGGACGACACACAGCGGAAGGUGUGGCGCCACCCGUGGCGCCGGUCGUACCACAAGCGCAGGAAGGCCCAGUGGGAGACGGACUCCGAUUACUGCACGAUGGUGCGCGACAUUCCGCCGUACGACGAGGGCCGCCGGUUGCUCGAUCUGAUGGAUAUGGCCGUGUUCGACUUCCUGACGGGCAACAUGGAUCGGCACCACUACGAGACGUUCAAGAUCUUCGGCAACGACACGUUCCCGAUCCACCUGGACCACGGCCGGGGUUUCGGCCGGCCGUUCCACGAUGAGCUCUCGAUCCUGGCGCCGGUCCUGCAGUGCUGUCUGCUGCGGGCGUCCACCCUCGAGACGCUGCUCAAGUUCCACAACGGCCCAAAGCCGCUGUCGGAAGCGAUGCGCGACUCGAUGGCGAGCGAUCCGAUCGUGCCGGUCCUGUGGGAACCGCAUCUGGCGGCGCUCGAUCGGCGUGUCGCUGUUGUGCUGCAGGCCAUCCGGGAUUGUGUGCGAAAGGCGUCGCAGGACGACGGUGACCUGGCCGACCAUCACCACGACACGAACGUGCUCGGCGAGGACAGUGGGGCUGCGGCCCGACACGGUUUCUAUCGGUCCUAGCGGCGGCAGCCCGAAGCGGAGGAUAGUCGUCAUCCCCGGCGUCGGAUCUUCGACGCACGGGACUUUCGAUCGCGCAGUCCCGCACUCAGUAGGCUGCUUGCGGCGAGCCGAACGUUGUACAUAGUCAGAUAGACACAGAUAGGGCAACUCUUAGAGACGGACACGCUGGCCAGAGCUUUAGGGGGGGUGGUGGCGAAAGGAUGCCCCGGAGAUCGUUUUCAGCCGGGAUCAGCCAUCUCGCGCGCGUGAAUGUGGUGUGAAUGAUCGGUGCGAGUUUCUGUUGUUAGUGCGACCAAGGUUAAGGUUACGUUAAACGUGCGACACUUCUUGAGGUUCCUAAGACGACCGAACGAUGACCGAAUCGAGACCGAAGUAUAGAUUAUGAUGUGUCCACCCAAACCCAAAGGGGUGGGAAUGGGCGCCACGUUGCGCCACAAACGACGCUGGUUGUUGAAUAGUGUUAACUCCGGAAAAAGCCGGAUCGAAUGUGACAAGUGUUGUACAGUGUGUGUGGGCACAUAAGUUUACGACUUUUUCGUUAAGUUUCCGUUGUGUCCUUGGUCAGCCGGGGGGGGGCGGGGCGCUAGCAGAGCACCCGCGCCCACCCGUUUUAUUCUUUACGCCGUGCACAACACGCGGUAGCUGUGAGGCCAAAGUUUUUCCACAUAACCACUAGAGCAACUCGGGAAACUAGUUCCCGACGGCAAGGCGAGACGAGAAAAAGGAACCUUUUCCUUGUGAGUAGGAAGGAAGUGUAAGCGCGGAACCGUUAGCAAGGGACGAGCCUUUCUAUUGAUCGCCCUACCCGGCCCUAUUUCCAUUUUUCUAAUCUGUUGUUAAGUUUUGUACUUUCGGGCCCCGCCCGG